AUGGCCCGAUCCCGCGACCUCUCCAGCGAGGACCUGGAGGCGCGCGUGGGGCUCGGUCGGAUCUCCGCCCGCCCGCCCGGCCAGCCUUUCCGAGGAGCGUUCCAAAGACUCUUCUACAGCAUCCGGGAGGCGGGCCAGAGCCCCGCGGCCGGCGGAUCGCGAGGGGAGGCUGGGGCUAGCCCCCAGGCAGCCGGAGCAGGCUUCUCGUCCUUCGCCCCGGGCCAGCCCGGCGACCGCCUGCGGGGGUCCGGCUUGCGGCCGCCUUCCUACCUGUCCCUGGACGAGCAGUCCCAGGCCAGCAAAGGGCUGCAGCCCGACGAGCGGGGGCCUCACGCGGCGGCCGCGUCCUCCUCCCUGCCGCUGCUGGACCGCGCUUUCCAAAGCUGCCCCGGGGACUUCAAAGACAGCCUGGGCGAGAGCAGCCUUGGGCAGGCGCCGGCAAGCGGAGCGCGCCCCGGCGCGGCUCCUGCUGCAGCCCGGCCGGCCGGGGAGGGCAACUUGGGCGAGAGCGGCCAGGAGCUGUGCAGAGCCGUGUCUGCCUCCCUGGGCCUGGCGUGGGAAGCGCUCGACGCCCCUGGCCGCAGCGAGCGGGCCACCACCCGCGACGACUGCAUGUUCGCCCGGCCCGGCGCGCACGCUCGGGCCCUUACGCUGGGCGGCAGCACGGUUGUCGAAGCCGAGCCGGAGAGCGGCGGGGGCGCGCUGUCCAUUACCGUGCCCGGCCACCUGAGCCUCUACAAGGACUCGCCCGCGACGGACGAGCCGUCGGCAGCCGCCUUCCGGAGCCGCGACUGCUACGACUUCCAGCCGGCGCUCCGCAUCAAGCUGGAGAGCACGCCGGCGUGGGAGGCGGCGGCUGGCGGUUGGGGCGCGCCGCGCCGACGCGCCGCAGAAAUGCCCGCCUUGGCAUCCCGCUACCGCGGCUCCCCCGGCCCGGGCUGGCAUCCCUCCUUGGCCGAGAAACGGCAGAUUGACGGGCCGGGCGCCGAGAGCGCCUCUUUCCGCUGCGGCAGAAGCCAAGGGCCGGCCGGCCCGGAAGGAAGCGACCUGUCGUCCGAGGCGCGGUACCCGGGAGGCGUGGUGGGCAAGAGACCUUUCGCGCCCGGCCCCGGCUGCAUCAGGGCGGAGCUCAGCCCUUGGAUGGAGGGCUGCGCUGGGGCCUACGGAAACGUGAGGUUGGAUUCUGCCAGGGACCACAUCCUGCCCAUUGACUAUUACAUCGAGCCACAGAAGACAUGCUUGAUCUGUGCGGAUGAAGCUUCUGGAUGCCACUAUGGGGUUGUGACCUGUGGGAGCUGCAAAGUCUUUUUCAAAAGAGCUGCUGAAGGUAAACAGAAUUACCUCUGUGCCGGCCAGAAUGACUGCACCAUUGAUAAGCUUCGAAGGAAAAACUGUGCUUCCUGUCGCCUGAGAAAAUGCUAUGAAGCAGGCAUGACUUUCGGAGGUCGCAAGUUGAAGAAACUGGGUAACCUGAAGUUGCAAGAGGGAGGGAAGACAGCUGGCCCAUCAAACCCCACGGAGGAGCAAGGCCUAAAGGAGCCCGUGAGCCAUGUGGCCAGCCUGGAAUGCCAGCCGAUCUUCCUCAAUCUCCUGGAAGCAACUGAGCCUGGUAUGGAUUGUGUAAGUCAUGACAACAACCAGCCUGACUUCUUUGCUGCCCUCCUGACCAGCUUGAAUGGGCUUGGAGAGAGGCAGCUGCUGCAUGUGGUGAAAUGGGCAAAAGCCUUACUAGGUUUCCGUAACCUGCAUGUGGAUGACCAAGUGGCAAUAAUUCCGUACUCCUGGAACAGCCUCAUGAUUUUCGCAAUGGGAUGGAGAUCAAUCACCAGUGUGAACUCCUGGAUGCUUUACUUUGCUCCAGACUUGUUCUUCAAUGAGUAA